AUGGCAAAAAUCAAGCAAGCAGCUAGAACCAUCAAUGCUCUUAGAGUUGGAGAGCACACUCUUAUUGAUCCAAAGGCUAUAACUGAUCAUAUCACAUCAUACUUUAAAAUUUUGUUUACUUCUAAUUCUGCAGUGGUGCAGGAUCAUUUACUUUUGGAUGAAGUUAUUCCCCUUGUGGUCAAUGGGGAUAUUAACUACAUGCUUACCAUGUUGCCUACCCUCAUGGAGAUUGAGAAUACAUUUUGGGACAUUGUCAGUACUGACGUUGAGAAUGCUACUUUGAAUUUUUUAAGAACAAGUUGGUUUCUUCGGAAUUUCAAUGCCAAUACCUUGGUCCUUAUUCCGAAGGAGCCCGAAGCUGAUUUUGUUGACAAAUUCAGGCCUAUUGCUAUGGCCAAUUUUAAAUUCAUGAUAAUCUCGAAGAUAAUUGCCGACAGACUUGAUCGUAUCAUUCCUGCUAUGAUAUCUCCAGAGCAAAAAGGAUUUAUACAUGGGAGAAACAUCAAGGACUGUGUGCAUCUGGCUUCUGGAGUUGCUAAUGUCAUGGACCUUAAGGCUUUUGGAGGUAAUUUAGCUCUUAAAAUUGACAUCACUAAAGCUUUUGAUACCAUAGAAUGA